AUGGCCGAUCUCCUCAAUGAAGAAGCGGAAGAUGAAGCCGAUCUCGGAACGCCGAGUCCUGGAGUGACACGAACGCUGGAAGGAACGCCGGAUCCCGGUGGAACGGUCGUUUGGAACGCCGGGGAGGGUGUCGUCCCUGUCGGGGAGCAUCUCAAGACUACGGUUCCCGGCGACGGAACGCCGAGGAAUGGAUCGCUGGAGCCGGAUGAGCCUCUCACGCAGGCGGAACAGGAAGAGGAUCUCCAGGGCGGGGCUCCUCUGAUGCACCCGGCUCCUGUGGACGUAUUCGUGUUGGAUUGUGACAAGUUCGUAGAAGAACAAGGACGUGUGCCUGGGAUGAGGGCAUUGAAGGCGUUCCUUGAAGAUGGAGCGUUGGCGCUCGAUCUUCAAUUAAGGUCUUGA